CCUGCACUGUGUCCGCAGCCUCUGGUCACCCCCUGCACUGUGUCCGCAGCCUCUGGUCACCCCCUGCACUGUGUCCGCAGCCUCUGGUCACCCCCUGCACUGUGUCCGCAGCCUCUGGUCACCCCCUGCACUGUGUCCGCAGCCUCUGGUCACCCCCUGCACUGUGUCCGCAGCCUCUGGUCACCCCCUGCACUGUGUCCGCAGUCUCUGGUCGUCCCCCUGCACUGUGUCCGCAGUCUCUGGUCGUCCCCUGCACUGUGUCCGCAGUCUCUGGUCGUCCCCUGCACUGUGUCCGCAGUCUCUGGUCGUCCCCACUGCACUGUCUGCAGU